AUGCGCCCGACGUCAGGCGAUUGUAUCCAAUACGAGGAGUGCUUCCCCGUCGGGGAUUACACCGCGCGGUCGACCGACAUGAUUGGAUGGGGGCCCCACAACGUCCUUCACGUGGCGAUGCGCUGGUCGGUUAAAUUUUUUGUCGGGGGGUUGUUGAGCCCUUCGAGAGAAGUAGCGUUGCAGCAGCAUUCCUUAACGCAUCGCUCGGACGAGGCCUCGGAGGAGGUUGUGAUCGGCGCUAAGUGGGCGCUUGGGCUGCUACCUGAAGGGCGCUACCCCGCCGAGGCGAGAAUAGCCGUGGCGACCAACGCCAACCUCCUCGUCUAUCGCGUUGCGCGGCAGGGGAAUGGCAAAACACGCGUGAGUAAAGGCCUCGGUGUUGGCCUCUGCUUCUCCACCGCCGACAUCGCGAAGAAGGAGCACUCGCCAAGGAUAGACGCUCACGAAUCAACACGAUUGGAGGAGUCAUCCUGCAAGGACGGCGCCGAUGUCAUCUCACUAUCCGAGGAAGCGCCGUUGAAGGCGCGAGGGGUGGAAGCUGAUGCGCCGGCAGGGCAAGAUUUGUUGUCAAGGAAAAGUGUGCAGGCGAGUUUGGCUUCUACCACGCAAGGGCUUAGUGUAAAAUUAGACGAAAGCCCUGCUCAGCAGUCUGAAGAUGCGCUUUCUGAUGAGCAUACGGAUGAGGACGAGGAAAACACCAGCACCAAACGGAAGAGCAAGAAAUCGAAAUCUUCGCGCAAGAAUGCGAAAGGUUCUACAAAAGACUCUUCCUCGAUGAAGAAGAAAUCCGAAGGUGGCUCGCCAACGCCCCAUUCUAGAAAGCGGAAGAUCAGCAGCGGGGAGUCGAAACAAGAGUUAUCGUCUCAUACACGGUAUCAACACCCCUUGGUGGACUACUUCUGGAUGCCAAAGGAUGUACUACUUGUUAUCACCACCGAUGGUGUAUAUUUGGUGAAUUUUUUCGAGAACUUUGAUGAUGAGAUGAUUCCUCAACUUUUGGCGCUACCAAGCCCGUUAUACAAUUUUCAGGAGGAUAUCUUGGGCACCGAGAUGGCUUUCCCCAGCGCAGCUGCAAUGGUGAAAUGCAGCUUCGAGAUGACCUCUUCGAUGCGGGAGUGUCCUAUUUUUUCAUCCGUGAGUGAUCGAGUCUUGAUCGUCGCCAGCGCUUUUGUGUUGAGGAUCCUUCAUGUGGCAGAAGAUAAGGUGCAGCUUGUGCACUAUGUCGAGGUCCCAUCGCUGACGGCGUUACCGUCGUGUGUGUGUGCAUUUUGGAGUCCAACCAGUUCAGCCACACCGGGGGAGUAUUUUCACCACCACCGCCCUAGUGUGGAGGCCUUGCAAGGGAUCGGAAGGGAUUCAUCAGCUCAGGUGCGGAUUAUCAUAGGGACCCCAAUAGGCGUCGAAUACGGUUACUUCCCGCUCAAUCUAGCCGUUUUCCAAUCACAAAAAGAGUGUGAUCACGUUGCCGAUGUGGGGGGUGCACCCUGGAUGUCGCUCUCCAUUGAUACACCGGAGGGCUUCAUCGAACACCUAUUCUUACGGGCCAUUUCUUUAAUCUCCCUGGAGGACCUAAGGCCUUCCCUCGCGUCCUCUUCCUCGGAUUCGACUGCCUCGAUCGUAUUCCCGCGUGGAUCACCCUGGGCGAUCCUCGGGCUAUCCCGACAAUGCCUAUUGGCGAUGCUUUUAGGCACCGGUGAGAAUAAAAUCACGAUGGUGCCGCUCUUUCGCUGUGGCUCGCUCGCGGGCGCGACGGAGGCCUCCGCGGAGGCGGCGAUCGCCGUGUGUGGGGUCGCGCUGCACCCCUCUCACACCCUCGCCAUCCUCGCCGUGCAGAUGGGGAUCCCUCGCUACGACGCGGCGCAGCUUUACCCCGUCUCCGUCGACGUCCAGGGUGGCUUCCUGCGUCGUCUGCUGGAGCUGCACGACGCCCUCGCCGCGCCGUUCACGGGGGAGGGGGCGUGGAAUCGAUCGAAUCCCGACCCCUCAGGCCUCUCGCCCAGGCCACCCAGGACGGCCUUCGCUACCGGAAACGGGGAGGGGCUGGCGGUUGUGUUGUCGAAGCAGCGCAGGGCUUUGUACUUUCUCUGGGAGAAGCUGUUUCCGCAAAGCCACGAUCACCUUUCCAUGCGAUCCUAUCGCGAGUCGUGGCGGCGGUUCUACGCGGAGUCGACGUCGGGCGCGCCCGCCUCCCUUUCGCAGCCAUCCUCGGCUAUUCGAAAGUUGGAGGGGGGAGGGGGUUUCCCUCUCCAUCCGAGUGAAACGGUGGGAAUAGUCGAGGAGGUGGUGAGGCGAUGGCGUCAGCAGUACCUCCAGCUUCGAAAGCAGUACGGGGUGGAGCUCUUUCUACGCUACCUCCCGCCAACGGGCGAGGAGGAGGAUCGCUACCUCGGCGACGUCGACAUGAACGGCGAGCGCGCCACGUUGGGGAAGUAUUGGUGGGCGAUUUUACGAAUCCUAUGGCGGCUCCGCCCCCUGGAUGCCACACCGCUCUACGAGAUCAUCCUCGCGAACGCGAUUCGCGUGAUUGGGAUGCGCUUCGGCUACGGGGCGUUGCAGCUUUCCAGCGAGGAGGCGUUUUGGCAGGUGGAGACGCACCCGGGUGCUUCGGUUUCCGCGUACGAGUUGAACUGCACCGGCGCAGUUGCCUUUGCUCAUUUGUAUCUCCAGAAGCUGAAGGAGGGGCUGAAGAAGGAAACGACAGAGGGGGGUGCGUUUGCGCCUUGGUGCUGCUCUGCCAUUUGGGCAGAAUCGAUUCAGUCGUUUUUGUCUAAACUUGGGAUCGGCGAGGCGGAUGAGGCGCUUUUCUCCCAAAUGUAUCCGUGUUCGGUAUGUGAUGCGGCUUGUGCGGCUUGUUUUUCCUGGAAUUUCAUGUUUGAUUCGAAACAUGUUGCUCAUGAUGGAGGGGAGACUUCUUCUCACAUCCCGACAGGGGGGCCGGAAGUGCACACGAGCGUUUUUUCCCCAAGAACCUUUUCUCCGUUAUCCUUGUUCUCGGAGUCGGGGGUUCUGACGAAGUGCUUUGGGUGUGGGUUCUGCGAUUUUGCGGUAGGCCCUUUCUGCCGCAUUUGUGGAGGACUACUCAAGUAA